AUGUCCACCACCUGCGAUAGCCUCACUUUCUUUCCUGUGCGUCGCUCCAUCCCCAAGGCCGCCGCCAAGCCGAAGGCCCUCGCCAAGGCGCCUGCGCCGCGGGUGAGCGCAUCGAAAGGGUACAAGCAGGGGUGGGGGGGGCACUACGACGCGUGUCCUGCGGUGAAGGUGCUUGAGGACACAGAGACCGGCUGGCCGGGCAAAUGCCUGGGCUUGAAGAAGGUUGUCGUCCCUUAUGGAGAGACCUGCGAGGGCUGGUGCACCAAGCAGGUGUCCUGCUCGGUGUGGCAGGAGAUCAAGGCCCCGAAUCCUUACAAGCCAAAUCUGUGCUUCCACACCUUUUGGAGCUCUGGCGUGAGCUGCUACACCCGGACUUUGGCCAAUGGCACGCAGGACUUCAGAUUCAAGCCGACGAGGGCGCAGCGCAUCAUGCGCGGCGAGGUCCGGGUGCUGAAGAAGAUUGCUUUUGCUGAGAUCGAUGGGUUGAAGAACGUCUUCGAUGAGAACUAUUUCGCCAAGGUGCAGGAUGCUGCACAAGCGUGCCGCAUGGUGUGCUACUCCGACCUCGGAUGCCAGUGGUGGUACUACAGCAACGUGAAGGGCUGCUUCGUGGAGGACAUCUCCUACAAAGCCAUGCCGGUGCCUUUGACCUUGAGCCAGUACCAGAACAACACCAAGUCGGCCUCCCAAGUCUUGCACGGCGAGUACAUUCAGCACACCUGCCAGGAAGCAGGUGACGCGGCGGUCUCGUCCCACGAACCUAUUCCAGAGUAUAAUCCACUGACAAGUGCGACCAGCACGACCGUCUCUCCUGAGUUCAGUGUCGAUACUACGGAUGUCCCAGAAACCGUGCGGUUUACCUCUCCAGUGACCCCCGUGCCGAUCGCAGGGCCAGGAAAGGAUGCCAUGACUGCCAAGGCCAGGGCAAUCGCCAAGGAGGAGGUGAACAUGGAGAACUUGUUCGCCGUGGGCGCCCUGACGGCAGUUGGUGUCGACUUCAACCAGAUCCCUGACGACGUGAGGGAGAAGCUGAAGGGCCGCUUCGCCGAGCUCAUUUCUGCGAACACAGGUGUGAGCAAGUACGACGUCCUCGACUUGAGCAACGAGGCUGGAAAAACCAGCCUGUCGUCGUGGCAAACCCACAACCCAGUGUUCACCCGGCGCCUCCAGACGACGGAGCCAGCAAUUGCAGCCUACUUCAAGAUGCUCAACCCGAAAGGCACGGAGAAUUUCGAUUCCGCCCAGAGUGCUUUGACGAGUGGCAGCUUCCAGAGACAGAUGUCGGCAGAGACGAUGGUGCUCCUCAAGGACGUGCCGCACGCAUUGCAGCCGCCGAAUCAACCGCCGAGGGUGCAGGCCCAUGUUCGGGAGUCCAACCUGGACGACCUCUUCCCGGAAGGCGGAGGCCCAAAGGCUACAUCGCACAACCACUUCCAGACCUGGCUGGUUGUCUUGGGCCUGGCCCUCGUCGCCGCAAUCGCGGCGUUGGCCUACUGGGUUUAUUCGUCAUCGAAUCCGGCAAGGAAGAAGGUAAGUUUCGAUGGCGAAGACGAUCUUGACCUGGUCAAGCUCAAGGGGUCUCAAGAGGACUGGGAGCGCAGCGCGCGCGAAGUGCAGGUGGCAAGUUCGCCCAGUAAGCAGAGGAUCGAGGAGGCCGAGCUGCGCGCCCAGCAGCUAGCCAACGACCUGGCCAAGGAGUUUGACGCUGCGCAAGGAUAUUCUCAGGCUCCCCCUCAGGGCCCCAGCGGUUAUGGCCAGAGCGGCUACAUCCAGAGCGGCUACGGUCAAAGUGCCCUGCCCUCUCCUGUGCCACUCAUUUCGCCCUCCGUACAGUACCCGUACGGCUCGUACGGCUCGCAGACAGCGCCCCCUGCCCAG